UCCUCCAUCAAUUCCCACCAACAAUUGACAAGAUGAAGUGGGUCACCUUUUUUUCCCUUAUUUUCCUCUUCAGCUCUGUUCAUUCCAGAAGAAUCAUCCGUCGAGAUGCACCUAAGAGUGAGAUUGCGAAACGAUAUAGGGAUUUGGGUGAAGAUAACGUGAAAGCCCUACUGUUGAUCACAUUUGCUCAGUACCUCCAGAAAUGUCCAUUCGAACAUCACGCCAAAUUAGUGGGUGAGGUUGUGGAAUUCGCAAAAGGCUGUGCUGCUGAUGAGACAGCAGAAAAUUGUGGCAAAUCCCUUCACCAACUAUUCGGGGAUAAGUUAUGUAGUUUGGCAAAUUUUCGGGAGAUGUAUCCUGAAAAGGCAGACUGCUGCACUAAAGAGGAACCUGAGAGAAAUCACUGUUUCCUGAGUCACAAAGAUGACCACCCAGACCUCCCUGAAAUCACAUACCCUGAACCUGAUGCUCAGUGCCAAGCCAUCCACGAUGAUGAAAACAAAGUGGGAGCAUACUACCUGUACGAAGUUGCCAGAAGACACCCCUACUUCUAUGCCCCAGCACUCCUUGUCUACGCUCGUCAAUAUAAGGAGGAAGUGAAAGAAUGUUGCCAGGGUGCUGACAAAGCCGCGUGCCUCAAAGAAAAGCUCUCUGCUUUAAAAGAAAAAGUAGUAUUUGCAGGUGUAAGACAGAGAUUCCGAUGUUCCAGUUUAGACAAGUUUGGAGAGAGACCUGUCAAAGCUGGGCUCAUAGCUCGGCUAAGUCAGAAAUUCCCUAAGAUUGAAUUUGCUGAACUUCAUAAAAUAGUGGAUGAUCUUGCCAACAUUCAUAAGGAAUGUUGCCACGGUGACCUGUUGGAGUGUGCUGAUGAUAGGGUGGCUCUUUCUGACUACGUUUGUAAGGACAAAGAUGCAAUCUCCUCCAAACUCGAAAAAUGCUGUGGCAAGCCUAUAAUUGAGAAGAGCCAGUGCAUUGCUGAUCUGGAGAAUGAUGACAUUCCUGCUGACCUCCCUAACUUCCUUGCUGAAUACGUAGAAACCAAGGAUGCCUGCCAACACUACAAAGAAGCAAAAGAUCUCUACUUAGCCAACUAUUUGUAUGACAGCGGAAGAAGGCACCCUGAGCUUGCUGUUAUCACACUGCUAAGGCUUGCCAAGGACUAUGAACAUACCCUUGAGGAGUGCUGUGCCACAGCUGACCCUCCUGCUUGCUAUGCCAAAGUGGCUGAACAUCGGAAAGCUCUUAUUGAUGAGAGCAGCCAUUUAUUCAAGGAAAGAUGUGAUCUUUUUGAAAAAAUUGGAGAAUACGGUUAUGAAAACGUAUUGUUGGUCAAGUAUACCAAGAACUUACCUCAAGUGUCAACCCCAACAUUGGUCAACCUUGCACAUAAGUUUGGAAGAGUUGCCACUAAAUGCUGUAAGCUCGGUGACCAAGAAAAAACGGCCUGUUCUGAGCGUUAUCUGGCUUUUGUAUUUGACAAACUGUGUCGCCUUCAUGAGAAGACCCCAGUGAGUGAGAGAAUCACCAAAUGCUGCACAGAAUCCUUGGUGGACCGCAGGCCCUGCCUCACUGGCUUGAAAGCUGAUGACACAUAUGAACCCAAGGCAUUUUCUCCAGACACAUUCACCUUCCACGCUGACCUGUGCACACUUCCUGACGAGGAGAAACAGAAGAAGAAGCAAAGUAUACUGGUGGAACUUGUGAAACACAAGCCCAAAAUCACUGAUGACCAACUCAAGGGUGUAAUUACUGAUUUCACUGCAUUUGUGGACAAGUGCUGCAAAGCUGCCAACCAGGAAGCCUGCUUUCUUGAAGACGGUCCCAAACUGGUUGCUUCAGCUCAAGCUGCCUUAGCUUAAAGACCAGAUGGACAAGCCACCACUAGCAUUUCAGUUGACUAGUGGAAGAAAACAGAGAUGAAAUUGAGGACCCAAAAUUCAGCAUCUGUUUUGUUUCUCUGUUGGUGUCAAAGCAACAGAGUUAAGAAAACAUCAAUUUUGCCUUAAAUUUUUUAUCCUUUCCCAGUGUCACAAUAAAUAAUAAAGAAAAUUAUAAUUAUCAUG